AUGAGCAUCUUGAGCAAUAAAAUUGAGAAAGAUAAUUCUGAGAAUUUGGAAUGUAGUACUGCAUGUGGAUAUCUUUAUCAGACUUUGAUUAGUGAAACUGACAAAGUCAUAGAGACUUCUAGUCACCAGCGAUUACCGUUGAAUUCUUCAAGCAGGUAUUGUUGUACAGAACGUCAUCCAGAAGAUAGUCUUUCAGUCGGAGCUUCUCAGAAUAUGCUAGCAGAAGAUGAUCAGUCAUCAGUUACCUACCAGUUUCAACAGCUUUCUGAAGACCCAUUGUCAGAUCCAUGUCUGCAACAUUCCAACCCUGAGGGCCAGCAUGAAUUAGCACAAAUUUCACAAGGGUUCAAUAAUUCAUCCCAAUCAAGUAUUUGUAAUAGUGUCCAUAAGUCAGAAAUAAGUUCAGACAAUUCUAACAUUUUUAUCUCUGAAAACUUCUGA